GCACCGCCCAGAUUUGAGUUGAGUCGAAUACCUCGUUUUCCACUAUCUAUUUAUGCAUGCGGGUCAGACAGACGUCCGACCAAGGAGUUGAUGUAAUAGUGAUCAAGGAGCGAGCAUCAGCCUGUGAUAGCCUGAGCUGCUACCCGGGACAGGCGAUGAUGGCAGCGGUCGUGGAGAGAGGAGGAGUACGGGCCGCUUUCUUGAAUCCAGGGAGCGGUGGCGGAGUCUGUGGACCUUUCCCAGCGCCCGUUCUCUCUGCUCCCGGAGGCGCGGGUGGAACGGUUGGAAUGGGUUCGAGUUCUGGAGGAUCCGACGGUCCCAUAACCGUGCCAAUGAAUCUUUUUGCUACAUGGGAAAUAGACCGCUCUUCUCCGAGCUGUGUACCAAGGUUGUGCAGCCUCACCCUCAAGAAGCUCAUUGUCCUGAAGGAGCUUGAUCGUGAGCUCAGCUCUGUGGUCAUUGCUGUGAAAAUACAGGGCUCCAAGCGUAUCUUGAGGUCUAAUGAGUAUGUCCUUCCCCCGGACGGGCUGAUGGAGACCGACCUGGAACUCACCUUUUCACUUCAGUAUCCCCACUUCCUCAAAAGGGACGCAAAUCGGUUGCAGAUAAUGCUCCAGAGGAGGAAGAGGUACAAAAACCGUACCAUUUUGGGUUACAAGACCCUGGCGGUGGGAGUAAUCAACAUGGCAGAGGUGAUGCAGCACCCGACAGAUGGAGCUCAGAUCCUCGGUCUCCAUAGCAACGUGAAGGAGGCUCCAGUGCGUGCUGCCGAGCUCAGUGUGUAUUCCCUGUCCAGCCAGCCCAUUGACCAUGAGGAUGGCAGCGGGCAGACUGGCAACAAGACCAAAGCCUCAGACCGCUCCCCAGAUAUGGACAACUACUCCGAGGACGACGAUGACAGUUACUCAUCAGAACAGGAAGCUAGUGAUGACGCAGUCCAACCACAGGACUUGUAUGAUGAAGAUGAUGAGGUUCAAAGAAAGUCAAAGAAAUCCCGGAGGAAAAUGAUCCGGACAACGUCCAUGACAAGGCAACCUAAUUUCAAACAGAAGUUUGUGGCCCUAUUGAAGAGAUUCAAAGUGACGGACGAGGUUUUGGACUCUGACCCAGUUGACCAAACCCAGGAGGUGGAAGAGGACUUGGACCUUCUCUACGACAGCCUGGAGGUGUACAACCAGAGCGACAGUGGACCAGAGAUGGAGGACAAUGAGAGUGUCCUCAGCACACCCAAACCCAAACUCAAGCCGUUCUUUGAGGGAAUGUCUCAUUCAAGCUCCCAGACAGAGAUUGGGAGUCUGCACAGUCAGAGGAGCCAACCCAGAGAUCAGACUCUAUCUGGCGGGGAUCUCUUGUCUCCAGAGAGAGCCAAAGUCAUGGGGGGCAAGUAUCAGGAUGACACUGCUGGAGUGGAGCCUAUUGCACGAGAGGCUGAGGAGGACGACGUGGGCACUGGCGCCGGUACGGGCACAGGGGACUCCAACCACAGCCACAGUCACAGCUGGGACCUCAACACAGACAAGCUCCCAGGGCCCGUAGCCAAACUGUGCAAGACAGAGUCCCAGACCCAAAUGUCGCCCAGUAAAACGGAGAACAAGCUGAUGAGGCGUCCUCGGAGCACCUCCAUGAAGGACAGACAGAACUCCAAGACCCAGAGCGACAGGACCAGCAGUAUCGACAGCGAGACGUCUCCAGACUCCAGGAUCUCUGUGCAGGUGCCCCGAAAAUCAGUUUACGACCAGUUGAACCAGAUACUCAUCUCCGAUGAACAGCUUCCAGAGAGCAUUAUCCUCAUCAACACCACAGACUGGCAGGGCCAGUAUCUCUCAGAAAUUCUCCAUGAGCACAGCCAGCCCAUAGUGUGUACCAUCUCCGGUGCUGACGUCCAGGCAGCCUUCAACACCAUCGUCACCAGGAUCCAGAGAUUUUGUAACUGCAAUGCUCAGACCCCUCCCACCAUCAAAGUGGCGGUGGCCGGAGACCAAAGCUACCUCAGCACUAUCCUCAGGUGCUUCGUGGAGCAGCUGGCCAACAAGACACCCGAUUGGCUGAGCUACAUACGCUUCCUGGUCAUCCCUGUUGGAACCCAUCCUUUGGCCAAGUACAUGGCAUCGUUCGACAGCAAGUUCAACAACAUCUUCAUGGACGGGGGCUGGAGGGACCUGUUUGGGAGACUAGAGGCGCCAACAUCAGACAACAUAGAUGUGGCGGGCCGUGUAUCUCAGUACCUAGCCGGGGCCAGCGUCUCUCACCAGUGCCCCAUAUCUGAGGCCAUGCUCACCUACAAACAGAAGAGCCCGGAUGAGGACUCGUGUCAGAAGUUUGUGCCAUUUAUUGGGCUGGUGAAAGUAGGGAUUGUGGAGCACAAUCCCUCCACAUCUGUGGACUCUGAUGACGCCAUGAUAGGGGGCGUCAACAUGCUGGGCUCCCCUCCACCACAAUCGGUGCCCUAUGGGAAGGACCUGACCUGUACCCCACCACCCUCCCCCUCCGUCUCUGCCUCCCUCUCUGGAGCUGGAUCUCCAGGGUCAGGCGGCGAGGUGAUGGGCUUGCAGGUGGACUACUGGACUUGGCACGGCACCGACAAGAAGAGGGAGGGAGAGAAGAGGGAUGUGGGCAUUAAGAACACCCUGAAGAGCAACUUUCGCUCGCUCCAGGUGUCGCGCAUCCCCAACAGCGGGGAGCUCACCCCACCACCCGGCAUGUCCAUGACCGUGGUCAUGAAAGAGAAGAACAAGAAGGUGAUUUUUUUGAGUAAGAAGCCCAAGGAGAAGGAGGUUGAUUCCAAGAGCCAGGUGAUCGAGGGGAUCAGCAGGCUGAUAUGUACUGCCAAACACCAGCACACCAUGCUGAGAGUUUCAAUCGACGGUGUGGAGUGGAACGAUGUCAAGUUUUUCCAGCUAGCCGCCCAGUGGCCCACCCACGUCAAGCACUUCCCCGUGGGGAUAUUUGGCUACACCAAGCCCAUGUGAGAUCGAACUGCCACUGCCAUCCUAGGAACUGAUCCUGAUCAAUUCAAGUGAUAGGACGGUUCUCAUACAUACAGAGGGAAUCUGGGUAGAAUUCCAUUCCGACAUGUUGCUCCCUCAGUCUGUUCUCAACAAUCUUAACUUGGUAGACAUCAGACAAGUAUCUGUUGGAUUGAUAUUAUGUGAAGCUCCUCUUUUAGCAGAUAUAUAAAAAAAACUGCUAUCAACUUACAGUUCAAUCAUUUAUCUUAUUUGGAAUUAUAAGACACCAUGCCAUCUAAUUUGAUUUAUUUGUAAAUCCUGUUUGUGUGAUUUUGUUUACAUUGCAAGAACAGCACAUCUUAAUAGCACCUUUUAAGUAUUAGAGGAGCUACAAAUAAUGAAACAUUUCAACUCUUAAAUCUCCCAAAACAUUUAGUCAAGUUGUCUCCAAUUUGGGUGCCCGAGGAGGCAUUGAGGAGCAGAAAUAUGUCUAGAAAUGCUGGGAAAAAGGAAGAGAGAGCCAAUGUUCAGUUUUGAAUUCUCCUGAGGUUUCUCUGAAUAAGCAAAAAAUUAUAAUAACAACAACCCCUAGUCCCUUUCCUGUGGAAAUUAACAAUUAUGUUCUUGGUAUUACAUGGAUGUUGUUGUUAAUGUUACUGUUUUAAACACCAGCAAAAAGAGAGGAAAAAAAACUUUUUGUUAAAAAAGUAAUGCUGCCUUUUAAUUAUAAUAGUAUAUAUUGUGAUUAGAAAUAAACAGCCACCAGUAAUGGCAGCUUUGUUUGCACUUUGGUUACUUUUUCUAUUAUUUCUGUGAAAUCCGAUGUGGUUAAAUGUAUUGUAUAUAAUGUAAGGGAUUGGAAAGAGCGUGUUUGAGUGUGUGCCGAAGUGUAUUAUAUGAAAAGAGGGUAUGUAGAUGAUUACAGAAAAAUGAAUUGCUGUGAUAUUUUCAGAGGCUCCCUCCCUGAUUUGAAGUAAUGUACUGGCUCUCUUUUUAUCAGUUUUUGAUACACUACUCUUUAGCUAGCAUACUUGCCUUUUUUUCAUUUACAAGCACAGUGUAUGGAAAGUAAGGAUCUGUAACCUUUACAGCUGUAUAAUUACAAGAAACAGACAUGCUGAGGAAGGACUUGAGUGAACAUGGUGUAUUCUGUAUGGUAUCAAAUAUUUACACAGGUUUGUUCACUUUCUGUAUAAAGGGUUGCCUCUUUAAGUGAGCUGUAUGAAUUGUGUGGUGACCAGUCAAAUUCUGUUUGGUCAGUUCUGACUGUAUAUGAAAAGUGACAGUCUUUCAAUUUAAAUUAAUGAAGUAGAUACAAGAGAAGAUUAUUUUGGUAUUAGACAGAAAUUCAAUUCAAAUAAAAAUGCUAUUGUCCAUCCCCAUAAGGGGAAGAUUUUUCUUUUUAGACAAAUCUUAUCUAGGGGUCUCAGUGAUGUAAAGGGUCCUCUUAUAUUUAGUUAUAAUAAUAAAUUAUGUCAAACUCCAACUUUUACUGACUUUUGCUUGAAGCUACAAAACAAGAAAUUGACAUUUUAAAAGACAAAUAGUCUUUACGUUAUUAAAACAAUACCAAGGGCUCUGCAGUUUGGUUCUCAGAGGGGAUUUUCCAUCAUGGUGCUCUGUUGUUAACUGUUUACUAGUGACUUAAGUGGUUUUAUUUUUCUACUUCUUUAAUUCUGAAAGACAAAUCCCUUUACUAACUAGUGUGCCGUAUUCAACAAGGAAUUGCUGUAUACUGUCCUCUGUAACUGUUUUUAUACUGUCUUUUAAGAUAGACACACUCUUAUGGAAAGACUUGUGAAAAAGGAUUGUCAAAUUCAUUUGGAAUUGCCAGAAUACUGGGUGAUGUGUGAAAGUAAUUGUGAUAUUAUUUGAGCAUUUUCUUUCACCUCCACCUAUGUGGAAACCGGUUUAUAUUUUAUUUUUCCAUUUCUCAAUUAUUUUAGUUUUGUUAUCUUUUCUCUAUUUACUUUGCACACAAUGUAUUGAUUUUCAACUAAAAUUUGUGUUGAAGUUUGGAAUAUUGUGUGCACUCAUGUAUCAUAUUCUUAUCUGUGCUUGCUUUGAAGGGAUACUAUGUAGCCCAGUUGUCCAUUUCAACCAUGAGAAACUAUGACUUCUCUUGUGAUUUGAUAUGGUGUUACUUUUCUAGUUUGUUCAGUUAUUCAUGUUUUCACCAGAGUAGCUGAAUAAUGUUACAACAUUGUUUGUUUCCAGGGGCUUUGACCGGUUCUGUAUGGAUUAAUAACAGUCAAGGUUCACUGUCUUUCUCUUUUUUGUUUUUAUUUGGAACGAGAGCUGGUCUUUAUUAGUUUUGCGCAAUAUGUAUUUUUUUCAUUAAGUAUUUCUGAAACAGUUAAAUUGAUCCAAUGAAAGGAAGCCUUUACCAGGGGUAACGGGAUUGUCAGAUAACAAUAAAAAGCUUAUCAGCUUUUUGAAAUAUACUUUUUAGAGGUUUUUGCACAAUUAUUAUUGUCAUUUGUAAUAGUGUUACAUUUUUUAUGAACCACUAAAGAAUACAAGCUGAAACCCCUUUUGCUUUUUAUCUGUUAUGUUUCAUAUCAAUUGUAUGUCUAUUGGCUAACAAUGUUUCUUUCUAUAUGAAUCCCACUUAAAAUAAAUUACUACUUUAAAUGCUUACUAAAUACAUCACAUUAUACAGGACAUUAAUAGAUGCUUCACAAACAGUUAAUGAACAUUUGAUUGUUAUAUACAAGUUUUAACAGGUACUUGCAUCUUUUGCUUAAAUUACAUUUAACUAUCUAAAUAUGAUGCAAAUAGUUAAAUUACCAUUUGUGAAGAUGUUGUAGUCCCUACAGUAAAGUUAUGGAUUUUAAUAAAUACUUAAAAGUUUAAUUUAAUUUCAGUGGGAACACCAUUUCUUUGUCAGAGGUUCAAUUUUUCAUUUGUAUAUGCUCCUUUUAUUAUUCUAAUACUUUUCAAAGAGUUGACCUCUUUUUUAAAGGAAUUCCAUUUGGAAAUAGGAUUUUGGAGAGUUUAAAAUGUAAGUGAAAACAAGGAUAUUAAAGAUGUGUGUUCUAUCCUA